AUGAAACCGAAAAGACAUGCCGCCUUUACAGCGCUCAUAUUGUCACUUCAUCGUCUCGCAUUGUCAGAGGGGAUACCAACCUGCGCAGUCUCCUGCUUGAAGGCCACGCCUACCUACAACUCACUCGUACAGGGUGAAUCUAGCAGCCGGUGUACGAACAACGACUCUUUGGUGGCCGUCAUCUGCUGUGUCAACGGCGCCUGCUUGGGUUCCGACCUUGCAGCGACCCUUAACUACCUCGAGGAAAUUUGCCACGCCGUGGGCGUAGCCCUUCCCGCCACCGUCGUCUGCGACGGCGUCACAACCGCCCCCUCCAGCCCGGGGAUACGCAGCAGACAUCGGAUGGCACGCCGGCUGACGCCCCCAGCCCUAGCGACCCACCAACCCCCUCGCCGCGAGAACCGAAAGACCAUCCGGCAGACACCGACCCUGCCCGUGGAACAGGCCAGCAACAAAAGCAAUGGAAGCGGCGGGCUCAGCACGGGCGCAAAGGCGAGCAUCGGCGCGGGCGCCGCAGUGGGCGGGCUGGCGGUGCUCGCGGCAGCAUUCGUGGUGAUGCAGAGGAGGAGGAAGCGGGCUGCUGCGAGGAGGAAGCGGGCUGCUGCAGCGGCAGAGGGCGGGAGGACGGAGCUCGCAGACGAUGACUGGGCGGAGCUCCCAGGCGAUGGGCCGCAGCGGUUCGAGUUGGAUGGCACUGGGGCUGCCCGGAAGCGCGGCGAGGCUGCCGCCGCCGCUGCUGCUCUCAAGUGGAAGGAUAUGUAG